AUGCAAUAUGCAACUAAAGGAACUCCAGCUGAAAGGCAGACUAGAAGUAAGCUUGCAAACGAAAUUGUUUGGUCUAGUUCAGACACCAGCGAUUCAGAUGACUUGGAUGCGUUAGUACAAGAGCCAAAGAGCAAGAAGAGAAAAAGUGACCGAGAYGUAGCUAGAGAAGCACAAGAAAAACAUACAGAAAUGUGCACCAAGGCGAUGGAGACGAUGGAAAGAGUUAAUCUUUUACUCGCAAGCAUAGACAGAUUUGCUAAAGCAACAGCAAAUGACAUGACCUUGGCACUGCUUCAAAGUGUAGUUAUGGCAGGAUGGCCAGAGACAAAGGAAGAGACGCUAACCAAGAUUCAUGAGUAUUGGAACAUUAGAGAUGAGAUAACAAUCUCACAGGGACUACUUCUCAAAGGACAGAAGAUUAUUGUACCCAAAGAGUUGAGAAACGAGAUGCUAGACAAACUGCACUGUGGCCACCUUGGAAUCAACAAGACACUACAAAGAGCAAGAGAUGUUCUUUAUUGGCCAGGAAUGAAUCAGGAUGUCAAAGAAAAGAUUCAGAAGUGUUCUGUAUGUCURGAGAAUCAACCAAGCCAGAAAGCUGAACCACUACAAAGUCAUGAAAUCCCAYCUUUACCCUGGUCAAAAGUUGGUACAGACCUACUACAAAAGGAUGGUCGACACUACAUUGUAACAGUUGAUUACUACUCUAAAUGGCCAGAACUUACAUUACUGAACUCUUGUACUAGUGCAGCUGUAAUUACUGCACUGAAAUCACAAUUUGCAAGAUAUGGAAUACCUUCUACAUUGGUCUCAGACAAUGGACCAUGCUAUGCCUCUAAAGAGUUCAAGGAAUUUACAGAAGAAUGGAACAUUAAACWYAUCACAUCCAGUCCAGAAUACCCAAAGUCUAAUGGACAAGCAGAAAGGAAAGUCAGAACAGUUAAGGCCAUGCUAAAGAAAGCAAAAGACGUUGAUACUGCACCACUGUCAUACAGAAAUACACCAAUUGAUGGAGUAAACUUAUCACCUGCACAGAUGUUAAUGGGACGAAGAUUGAGAACAACAGUUCCUCAGACAACCGAGACUCUUAUUCCACAAAGGUAUGACCCACAAGAGACACUUGCGAAGCUGAAAGACAGACAAAGCAAACAGAAGUUUUAUCAUGACAAGUCAGCAAAACCCUUGGAGCCCUUAAAGGAAGGAGAUAUAGUUAGAAUAUAA